AGCAGUGGGGGUCCCUCUUCCUCCCUCCUGACCCAGAGAGCUAUCUUUCUGGUCUCUUGAAUACUCCAGAUGCCUCAUGCAGCUGGCACCCUGAUCAUGGAGGACUGCAACGUGCACUCGGCCGCCAGCAUUCUGGCCUCGGUGAAGGAACAGGAGGCCCGCUUCGAGCGCCUGACACGGGCACUAGAGCAAGAACGGCGCCACGUUGCCCUACAGCUGGAGCGUGCCCAGCAGCCUGGCAUGAGCAGUGGUGGUAUGGUGGGCAGUGGGCAGUCCCUGCCAAUGGCCUGGCAACAGCUGGUUCUGCAGGAGCAGAGCCCGGGUAGCCAGGCAUCGCUCGCCACGAUGCCAGAGGCACCCGAGGUGCUGGAGGAGACGGUGACAGUGGAGGAAGACCCUGGCACACCCACCUCUCACGUGUCCAUUGUCACAUCAGAAGAUGGUACAACCCGGCGCACUGAGACUAAGGUCACCAAAACGGUCAAGACUGUGACCACAAGGACAGUACGCCAGGUGCCUCUUGGCCCUGAUGGACUCCCCUUGCUGGACGGCGGCCCCCCACUUGGCCCCUUUGCUGAUGGGCCCCUGGACCGACAUUUCCUGCUGCGUGGUGGUGGCCCAGCAGCCACACUUUCCCGAGCCUACCUCAGCAGUGGAGGUGGCUUUCCUGAUGGCCCUGACCCCCAUGAUAUUCCAAGCUAUGGCAGUCUAUCCCGAGGGCUUGGGGUACGGCCCCCACGUACUGGCCUCCUGGGCCCAGGACCUGGUGACGGCUGUUUCACACUGCCUGGCCGCCGAGAAGCCUUCCCCAUGGGCUCCGAGUCUGGACCAGCAAGUGGCCGCUCCCUGCCUGAGCACUUCCAAGCUGAGCCAUAUGGCCUGGAGGAUGAUACGCGGAGCCUGGCUGCCGAUGAUGAGGGUGGCCCUGACCUGGAGCCCGACUACAGCACAGCGGCACGGAGGAGACCUGAGUAUGGGCGGGGCCUCCGUGCCAGGGCCUUUGAGGACACAGCAGAUGAUACCGGUGAGCUGAUAGACGAGCGGCCUCCCUUCCCAGCAGCAACUGCCCCUCUGGCCCAGCCUGAGAGGGGCAGCCUGGGCAGCCUGGACCGGGUAGUGCGGCGCUCGCCUUCAGUGGAUAGCACCCGCAAGGAGCCACGCUGGCGGGACCCGGAGCUGCCCGAGGUGCUAGCCAUGCUGCGGCACCCUGUGGACCCUGUGAAGGCCAAUGCGGCGGCCUACCUGCAGCACCUCUGCUUUGAAAACGAGGGCAUCAAGCGGCGAGUGCGGCAGCUGCGUGGGCUGCCCCUGCUUGUGGCAUUGUUAGAUCACCCUCGGGCUGAGGUACGGCGCCGGGCCUGUGGGGCGCUGCGCAACCUCUCCUAUGGCCGUGAUGCUGACAACAAGGCUGCCAUCCGGGACUGCGGGGGUGUGCCAGCCCUGGUGCGCCUGCUGCGGGCUGCCCGUGACAAUGAGGUCCGUGAGCUGGUCACUGGCACACUCUGGAACCUGUCAUCCUACGAGCCCCUGAAGAUGGUCAUCAUUGACCACGGCUUACAGACGCUGACCCAUGAGGUCAUCGUGCCCCACUCAGGCUGGGAGCGAGAGCCUAAUGAAGACUCGAAGCCCCGGGAUGCCGAGUGGACAACAGUCUUCAAGAACACAUCAGGCUGCCUGAGGAAUGUGAGCUCAGAUGGUGCCGAGGCCCGGCGGCGACUCCGUGAGUGCGAAGGGCUGGUGGACGCUCUCCUACAUGCCCUGCAGUCAGCUGUGGGCAGGAAGGACACAGACAAUAAGUCAGUAGAGAACUGCGUGUGCAUCAUGCGGAACUUGUCCUACCACGUGCACAAGGAGGUGCCAGGGGCUGACAGGUACCAGGAGGCCGAGCCUGGGAUCCCGGGCAGUGCUACAGCCUCCCAGCGUCGGAGGAAGGAUGACGCCAGCUGCUUUGGUGGCAAGAAAGCCAAAGAGGAGUGGUUCCAUCAAGGGAAGAAGGACGGAGAGAUGGACCGAAACUUUGACACACUGGACCUGCCCAAACGAACUGAGGCUGCCAAAGGCUUUGAGCUGCUGUAUCAGCCUGAGGUGGUGCGUCUCUACCUCUCACUCCUUACGGAGAGCCGGAACUUCAACACCCUGGAAGCUGCAGCCGGUGCCCUCCAAAACCUCAGCGCUGGCAACUGGACGUGGGCCACGUACAUCCGCGCCACAGUACGCAAGGAACGUGGGCUGCCGGUGUUGGUGGAACUGCUACAGUCUGAGACGGACAAGGUGGUACGUGCUGUUGCCAUCGCGCUGCGCAACCUUUCACUAGACCAGCGCAACAAAGACCUCAUUGGGAGCUAUGCCAUGACAGAGCUGGUUCGGAAUGUUCGCAAUGCACAGGCUCCUGCUCACCCUGGUGCCCACCUGGAGGAGGGUACGGUGGUAGCCGUGCUCAACACCAUCCAUGAGAUUGUGUCUGACAGCCUGGACAGUGCUCGCUCCCUCCUGCAGGCCCGUGGUGUGCCUGCACUGGUGGCACUCGUGGCCUCUAGCCAGUCAGUGCGGGAGGCCAAGGCAGCAUCACACGUGCUACAGACUGUGUGGAGCUACAAGGAGCUGCGUGGAGCCCUACAGAGGGAUGGCUGGACCAAGGCACGCUUCCAGUCUGCUAGCACUGCCAAGGGACCCAAAGGAACGCCAAGUUCUGGGGGCUUUGAUGACAGCACACUGCCACUGGUGGACAAGAACCCUGAUGGGGAGAAGUCAGCCACCCGGGAUUUGAUCCCUAUGGACACACUUGGUCCAGAUGGGUAUGCCACAGUGGACCGGAGGGAGCGGAGGACGCUGGGAAGUGACUCCACAGGGGAGGCCUCCGAGAAGGAACUGUUGAAACCCGACUCUGGCAGGAAGGCCCCUCCGCCUGGGCCCAGCAGGCCCUCGGUCAGGCUGGUGGACGCCGUGGGGGACACUAAGCCUCAGCCUGUUGACUCCUGGGUCUAGCUUGCAUGCCUGGGCCCUGGCUCAGCUGUCUGUUCUUAGGGAUCACAUCGCAGUAGCUGGAAGAGGGCUGUCUUGAGCAGACCCAGACUUGGACUCGGAGCCGGAGCCCUGCCCUUCUGUG